CAACAAAAAAAAAAAUCCAGUCACAUUGUCUUCUCUUUCACAGAAGAAGAUUAAACACCAGAAUCCCCUAGGGUUUUGUUCGAUCUUCCAUGGCUACACAAUCUCUUUCACUACUUCACAUCUCACCUUCAUCUUCAUCUUCCGGUUACCGGAAUUCACACAAUUCUCCGCUCUUCACGCCUACGGUUAGGUCUUCAAUCGGACUUCAGUUCUCAAUUCAGCCUUUGAGUUACCGGAGUAAAACUUCUGGCCGUUAUUCCUCCAUCGUUGCAACCGUUUCUUCCACUCCUGCAGCUCCGACACCAGAGAAAGCAGCUCCUGAGAAAUCAGCCAAAUGGUCGUUUAGAUUUAUAAAGUCGUUUGCGAUGGGUGAAUUGGAAGCUAGGAAGUUGAAGUAUAAUAACACCGGGACGGAGUCCUUGUUGUUGGGCAUAUUGGUUGAGGGAACCAGUUUGGCUGCAAAAUUAUUAAGAGAAAGUGGUGUAACGCUUUUCAAAGUAAGAGAUGAAACUGUAAAUUUACUCGGAAAAUCAGACAUGUAUAUUUUCAGCCCUGAACAUCCUCCAUUGACCAAAGCGGCUCAGAAGGCCAUUGAUUGGGCAAUCAAUGAGAAACUAAAGUCAGGUGAAACAGGAGAAGUGACGACAUCGCAUUUGCUUCUGGGAAUAUGGGCACAGAAGGAAUCAGCUGGUUAUAAAAUAAUGGCUAAACUUGGUUUCGAUGAUGAUAAAGCUAAAGAGCUUGCUAAAACCAUGGACAAAGAAAUUAUUUUGAGCUACAAGAAGGGAGUUUAAAGAACCGUAUACAGGUUUUCCGCUUCAUCCCUCUGUUUGUUAGUUGUUUAGAACGAUUCGUUUACAACACAACAUGAAGCGAAGUGAAAUUUGUAAAAGCUAUAAAGAAAAUUCAAAAGGAUGACCAUUUUAUUAGUUGGAAAUUGGAAUAAAACUUUCCUAUUUAUUAUUUUCUUAUGUAAGAUUAUGAAAGACUGAAUGAUUAUUAUUGAA